AUGAAAUUCGGUCACGCAUUUCAAGAGGCCCUCGCCACCGAUCGCUACCCCCAGCACUGGGUCGAGAAGGCCAUCCCGUAUCGUCAGCUCAAAAAGAUAUUGAGUAAGGUCCGCGAAGAACUCAUUAAGAAAGGUUACGCCCCCGACACGAUCCACCAGCUACUGGCCGACCAUAACGCUGAAUACCGACUUGAAACCGACGCCGCUCACCUGCUCCGCCCGAAACUAGUGGUGAGACCGAACCUCUCGUCAGAUCGCCACGAGCUUCAUCAACCAGCCAGGACUCUGGGCGAGUUGACGACACCCCCUACGCCUGAUAAUGCGGCUGUGGGAAGUUUGCCCGAGUCUGAAGAUGAGCAGAGGUCCUCUGACUCUAACGCCGAGGGAAAUGACAACCAUGACUGGGUCAAGAUUCCACUGAACUCGGAUUCCCGGUUCUUUAGUCUCCUGCAGUCAGACGUCACCGAACUAGAUACGCUACAGGAGAAUGAAAGACAGGCGAUGAACGUAAGAAUCAACACCCUUGGCAACGAGAUUGCCGAAGUGGCCAAACCACGGAAGGGCCUGAUCAAACUCUCCAAGUCAGACUUGUACCGCUGGCGCGAGAUCUUUGAGGUGUAUCUGGAAGCGCAGAUUUUCUUCUCGACGAGCGAAUCGGCGGGCGGGCUGCGUGAGAGUGAGAAAGCGCGCAAGCAGCUGGUAUGGUUCCAGGAGAAUGUCAAAAAGCGACAGCUUCCGCAACAAUUCAAGAUUGAGGCGAGCGCCAAUGCCUACACUCACUUCUUGGCCUUGAACGUGACGCUGCUGGAAAACCUGCAGUUCCAGGAACUGAACCGAACCGCGGUGGCUAAAAUUAUUAAAAAAUUCGACAAGCGGACCUCCCUAGGAGUAAAGAGCACGUUCCCCAAGGCAAUGUACUCUGCUCAUUUCAUAUCCGAGGCCAUCUCCAAAGACAUAUGUGCCCAGCUAGCACGUGAGGUCGUCACCCAGGUUCCACAGGUUGUGGAUUAUACAUGUCCGAUCUGUCUUUCCCUCUGCUGGCUCCCAAUCAGGCUGGACUGCCAGCACCUGUUCUGCAUUCGCUGCAUGAUCAAAAUGCAGAACCAGAAAAAACGCUACUGCCCGCUCUGUCGGGCGGAAGUAGUCCAAAGCGCAAACGAGACACACAUCGACGAGGAACUCGUACGCCACCUCGAGCGAUGGUUUCCUAAAGAAACCAAAGAAAAGCAGGACUAUAACGAACGGGAGCGCCGCAAAGAGCUGCUCGGUGACAUUUACGUCACCGACGAUCCCUCAAAGUGUCUCGUAAUGUAG